AUGUCACUGCUUUUAUUAUGGAUUUGUUUGGUUUAUACGAUCGGUGUUUGGCUUUUCUGCACCGGUUUUGUAUUGACCCGAAAGGCCAUCCAUCGGAAGAGCUCCUGCGAAGAGCCGCUCAACCAUUCAUUGUCUUCUUCUGGUGUUAGAAGUCGUACGCCUGGAUGUGGUUUUGACAACAGAUACGACAGGGCUAUAGUCCUCCUCAUCGAUGGCAAAACUAAUUCGGAUUCAAAUCCAAUCAAUAAAUUGUUCAAUAAAUACGAGAAUCAGUCGAAAGUGUAUCGACUCUUAAGGACGCCUUCGCUCUCGAGGUUACAAACUCUGGAGUCGAUCACAACCGGAAUUGAACAAAGUGAGUCCAAUAGACACACGUUUGACUCAAACUCACAACUCGUUGAGGAGAUUAAGUCCGAUGAUUGGGAUUUGAUUAUUUCGGAUUUGCCACUAAUCAGUCACUUUCAUCACUUGUAUGGCUCUAGUCAUCCGAAGACAAUCAACCAAUCGAUACAAACUAAUGCAAUGUUAGAGACAAUUAUGUCAUUCUUAGAGAGGGAUAACAAAACUAUUUUAUUUGUUAUAUCUGACAAAUGCCACGAAACGAGCUCUUCGUUUAUUAUGACAUUCAGUGCUCAACAAAUGUCAUCAUUUGAGAGUCCAUCAAUGGAUGUGAAUAAAAUAGAUUUGGUGCCAACCCUUUCACUACUUAUGGGAACUCCGAUACCGUUCUCUAAUGUGGGAAAAGUGAUGAGUUCUUUGUUUGAAUACUCGAUAGAUUGCCAACACGUGAAGCGAUCGCCAGAAUUUGCGUGUCAUGAAGACAUACCGGAGAUACAACACCUGUGGACCAGUAUAUCAGCUCUUCGUAUAAAUGUGGCCCAAAUUCAGCGAUACGUGUCAUCUCUGGUUCCGAAUUGCUGUCACUUCUAUUGUCGUAUCAAUCGGUUCCAUAGUGUUAUACCAAUAAUAAUAUGGUAUAUGUUGUCAUCCCAUGGCUUCUUCAUUACUGGUCAUUACGACUCAAUUGAUUCCAUUCCACACGACAUCCCAUUUGUCACUCAAUCUAAAGACUUCUGGAGUUAUUAUAAACACAUAUUCCGCACGAAUAUUGAGCUCAUUAUCACUGCCAUUAUUGGUGGUAUUUGUUCCGCAAAGAACUAAAUACAAUAAAACCCAAUUCCUGACAAGUGAUGGACAACUGUUUUGGAAAACAUUGUUAAAUACUUUAUUAAAAUAUAUACUUUUAAACGGAUUAACAAUAUUUUGCGUUUCAUUGUUUGCGACUUUCAUGAGAAACGAUUUGAUGGUUUGGAGAAUAUUUUGCACACGUUUUGUGUAUCAAAUGAUUGAUCUGAUGAUCACUUUAGUCACUCUUCUAUUCCUCUUCUAAACUGAUUCCGUCAGCGAUUUCUAUGAGAGUGAGUCCGUUGUUCACUUGGAAGACA